AUGAAUCGUUUUCCAAACCGAAAAACUGCAAAUUAUCAUUCUAAUAAUCCUACAAUGUCAUCUCAACAUUUUUCAAAUAAUUAUUCUGAUAAUCAACUAAAUAGUCAAAAUUGUAUGGGUGGCAAUAAUUACAAUCCUAUCGUUUAUCAACAAACUAGUAUUUAUCCCCCAUAUGGUUUCAAUGGUUGUAAUCCUGAAUUUAAUGGUGGUUUUUACCAUAAUCCAAUAAACACAAUUCCUAAUCUUGUAUCUGAUUCAAAAACAAAGUAUCUUUCUACUAUCAUUCAUCCUAACAAUGGAAAAGGAAAAUCUAUUAUAAAUUCACAACGAAAUUCAUAUGCUACUACUAGUAAUAGGAAAUCUAAGUUUUUUCAGAUGAACAUUAAUAAAUCAAAAGGUGCACAAUUUCAUUGUGAUCUCUGUAAAGUACCAUGUUCAGAUCAAAAGGCAUUGGAUGAUCAUAUCAAAGGUAAAAAUCACAGAAGGCGUGAAGCAUUAGUAAAGCAAAAUAAUGAUGAAUCAGUUAAGCAGGGUAGUGCAUAUAAAUGUGAAGUUUGUGAGGUUUUAUGUAGUAGUAAGGAUGCUUUAAUUAGCCAUGUUAAAGGAAAAGCUCAUGAAAAACAGAUAGCAAAUUUAAAAAGGCUAAAAUUGCCAAUACCUCAAGUAAAUUACAAUCCCGUGUCUUCGACUAAAGAACCAUGUUAUGAUCCAGGAACAAAUGAAGAAAAGAUUGAAGAUUUAGAAGAAAGUGGAGGUAAACAGGUAGUUGGUGAAGAAUACAUUGAAAUAAUAAACUGCAACAUAACUGGGAAAUUUAUUGAAUAUAGUUGUAAAUUGUGUGAGUGUCGAUUUAGUGAUGUUAACGCAAAAAAUAUUCAUCUUUCUGUGAUUAAAAAAGGUGAAAAAAGAAAUUGUGGUAAAAAAGUAAAAACUAAGGGCGUAAAAAAAAAUAAACUUGAAAAACAACGUUCUACAUUUUUAUUUAACGAUAUUUUAAAUCAUGAUACAUCUUAUGCUAUGACAUUUAGUUUGCCUAUCUUUUAUUCUUUAACACAUGAAGAUGAAAAAAUUUAUGAAAAAUGUGAACAAUUAUCUUUAUCUAGUGAUAAACUAGCUAGUAUUAAUGAAGUGUACAAAAUAGUAGAAGAAGCUAUAAAAAAUUUAUUUUCUAUUGAAGUGAAGCAUUCUCCUGACAAUGUUUUAAAAAUCAAAUGCAUUGAAAAAGUUGGUAUUCUUCCUUGUGGUAUUGCAAUAAAUAUUGAUAAACAAUUUGAUUUAAAUCUUGUUUUAAAUGAUUAUCCUACAUGUGAAAACUUUAAAUAUAUUGUUAGUAAUUUAUCAGAUGAAUUAGAAAAAAUAUCUCAAAGUAAAUGGAAAAUUGAACCAAAAAUUGAUGAUUCAUCUAUAAUAAUAAGUCAGUUAGAUACAGAUUUUUUCAUUUGUUUAUGUAUUACUUCUCCUGCUUGUCGUGAUUCAAAUAUAUCAAAUUUACAUACCUCUGAAGUGCUUUCAUAUGAUUCUACAAAUAACAUCUUAAGAAAAGUAAGACAUUUUAAUUGGUUUGAGUAUUACUACGGUUCAAAUAAAGAGGUUAAAUCUACAAUUCAAAUACUACGCCAAAUAGCUUAUAAGAUACCAUCAUGGAAAGUAUUUAGUGAAGAUGUAUAUCUCAUGCUUCUUUUAUUUCAUACAUCAAUAUCAUCAUUAAAAGAAAGAUUAUAUCCUUCAGGUCUACUUAGAAGAUUUCUUGAAAUGCUUGCAUCAGGUUUAAUUAUUCCUCAGUCGUUUGUUAUAAUUGAUCCAUGUGAACGUGACGAGAGAAAUGUUUUACAAAAUCUUAGUCAACAAAAUAGAGAAGAUAUUACAAAUUGUGCUCAACAUGCUUUAAGAAUGAUGUCUUUUAACAAGUUAUCAGAUAUAAUUUUUUUGGGAAAAAAAACUGAAGUUGGAAGUAGUUUUCCUGAAAAAACACUUGGUGAAAAAGACACUAAUUGUUUAAUUUCUCCUAGUCUUUGUGAAAAUAAUGGUGUUUCAAAAGAUGAAAUUUGUGACAAUAUGGAUGUCUCCCGUAAAAGAAAGAUUGAUGGAAUUAUAGUCUUUCCAGAAGCUAAAAAUUUAAAAAAAGAAUUGUAA